UACCUCCAUAGAACACAGAGCCAUCCCCACUACACUCCACUCCAUCUUCUCUAACUUCAUUUUAAUAAUCUUUUUCUUUACAUUCUCUCUUAAUUACUAUAUCCAAACACACACUCAAAAACAAAGAGCAAAACAACAACACACCCCCAAUAUAAUAAAGCAACUCCCCCUGCUGCUUUGCCUUGGGGACUGCAAGAGUGUGCAAGCUUGCUCGCAACUCUCAAAGCAAAGCUGUAUAUUUUGUAUACUUCAAAAAGAAUUCUUCUUUCUCUCUCUAUUUCUCUGUUUAUUACUCUUCACAUUUCCCCAAUACCCACAUGCUUUCCGAUUCUCAUAAUCAUAAUUACCACCACCUUCUCCAAUACCACCACCACCACUGCCAGCUGAGGAGCUGUCUCCUUCUCUUUCUUGUUCAGAUUCUGAUCACUCUUGAAAAACUCAUAUCUAUUUUUCAGUUUCAGUUGUGAUAUUGAGUUUGAGUGAGUAUAUUCAAGAAGCUAGCAGCCGGAGAAGAUGAUUACGAUAACAGAUUUUUACCAUGUAAUGACUGCAAUGGUGCCACUGUACGUGGCCAUGAUCUUGGCUUAUGGGUCAGUGAAAUGGUGGAAGAUCUUUACUCCUGAUCAGUGUUCAGGAAUCAAUCGUUUUGUUGCUCUUUUUGCAGUCCCUCUUCUUUCUUUUCACUUCAUAUCUAGUAAUGAUCCUUAUGCUAUGAACUUUCGUUUCAUAGCUGCUGAUACUCUUCAGAAAGUCAUUGUUCUUGUAGUCUUAGCUUUCUGGACUAAGUUAAGCAAAAGGGGUUGUUUGGAAUGGACGAUUACGCUAUUUUCACUUUCUACUCUUCCAAACACUCUUGUCAUGGGCAUUCCUUUGCUCAAAGGAAUGUAUGGUGAAUUUUCUGGGAGUUUAAUGGUGCAAAUUGUUGUUCUUCAAUGUAUUAUUUGGUAUACUUUGAUGCUUUUCUUGUUUGAAUAUAGAGGAGCUAAACUGCUCAUCUCUGAGCAAUUUCCAGACACUGCUGGUUCCAUUGUCUCAAUCCAUGUCGACUCUGAUAUUAUGUCUCUCGACGGUCGGCAGCCUCUUGAAACUGAAGCAGAGAUCAAAGAAGAUGGUAAGCUACAUGUAACUGUAAGAAAAUCUAAUGCUUCAAGGUCAGAUAUUUUCUCGAGAAGAUCUCAGGGACUAUCAUCUACAACGCCAAGGCCAUCAAAUCUAAGCAAUGCAGAGAUUUACUCUUUACAAUCUUCAAGAAAUCCAACACCAAGAGGCUCUAGCUUUAACCACACUGAUUUUUACUCCAUGAUGGCCACUGGGAGGAACUCUAAUUUUGGUGCUUCAGAUGUCUAUGGCCUAUCAGCGUCUCGAGGACCAACACCAAGGUCAUCAAAUUAUGAAGAGGAUGGUGGUGGUUUGGGUAACAAGCCAAGGUUCCAUUACCAUGCAUCUGGUGGUGCAGCCCAUUAUCCAGCUCCUAAUCCAGGCAUGUUUUCGCCAACUGGGUCUAAAGGUGGCGUUGCUGCUAAUAAUGCAGCGGCAGCUGCUACAAAGAAGCCUAAUGGUCAAGCUCAACAGAAAGCUGAAGAUGGUGGUGGUAAAGAUCUUCAUAUGUUCGUUUGGAGUUCUAGUGCUUCUCCUGUUUCAGAUGUGUUUGGUAGCCAUGAUUAUGGUGGUCAUGAUCAGAAAGAAGCUAGAUUGGCUGUAUCUCCAGGAAAAGUGGAAGGAAAUAGAGAGAAUCAUCAUCAAGAGGAUUAUAUGGAAAGAGAAGAUUUCAGCUUUGGCAACAUAGGAGUAGAAAGAGAAAUGAACAAUAAUCAUGAGAAAGUGAUGGAAAAUGUUGGAAAACCAAAACCCAUGCCUCCAACAAGUGUAAUGACAAGGCUUAUACUCAUCAUGGUUUGGAGGAAACUGAUUAGAAAUCCAAACACUUACUCAAGCUUAAUUGGUCUCAUUUGGUCUCUAGUUUCAUUCAGGUGGCAUAUAGAAAUGCCUGCCAUUAUAGCAAAGUCCAUUUCCAUUUUGUCAGAUGCAGGGCUUGGCAUGGCCAUGUUCAGUCUUGGACUGUUCAUGGCAUUGCAACCAAGGAUAAUAGCAUGUGGAAAUUCCAUAGCAGCUUUUGCAAUGGCUGUGAGAUUCCUUACAGGACCAGCUGUUAUGGCAGCUGCUUCUAUUGCUGUUGGACUUAGAGGAACUCUCUUACAUGUUGCCAUUGUCCAGGCAGCUCUACCACAAGGAAUUGUCCCCUUUGUCUUUGCCAAGGAAUACAAUGUGCACCCUGAUAUUCUCAGCACAGGUGUCAUAUUUGGGAUGCUAAUUGCAUUGCCCAUAACUCUUGUGUACUACAUUCUAUUGGGUUUAUGAAUUGCCAAAUUCCCAUCAACAUUUUCUUGGCAUGCAACAAUGGGAAGCCCAAUUUUCUCCAAGGACAGAAUGAGAAAGAAAGAAAGAGAGAGAAUCCUUUUUUUUUUUCUUGCCAAAUCCCUUAUUUUCUUAGUGAAAAAAGAUGUAUAAUCAAUGUUUGUAGUCAAAUUAUUGAACCAAAAUUUCAAAAAGAAAAAAAAACAGUUGUCUAGUUA